GGAGGCACGGGCUCUGGUUACUGGGUAGAUAAAACAAAAACAACGUCGUAUCGGAGUUUUGAAGCUCGGAGACACGGUUGAAUUUGGAAGUUUGAUUUUGCACCUCUCAAUUUGCACGUAUAUUGUUGUGAUUAUGGCAGCUGAUUGUCAGGCCUGGCUCAAUGCAAACCCCGUGGAGGCUGAUGACCUGAGUGACUCUUUUGUCUCUGGAGAUGAGGACAAUGGGGGAGUCUCCAACAAAAACCUUAAUGUUGAGGUCAAUGGCAACUGGAUCUCCUCUUCAAGCAACAGCAUCCACGAGGCCCGUCUCAAGGCCAAAGCCAAGAGGAAGCUGAGAAAGAACUCCUCCCGGGACUCGGGCCGAGGAGACUCUCUCAGUGAUACUGGAGACAUCAUCAGAGGAACCAGCACCGCCCCCACAAGUCCCAAAAACAAACUUUUGGACAGAAAGUCCAGACUGGGAAAGGGCAGAGGACUACCAAAGAAAGGUGGAGCAGGUGGCAAAGGAGUAUGGGGCAGAUCAGGAGAGGUAUAUGAGCCUGUUCUGGUGGAUGAGAAGGACCCCAACUAUGAUGAAGCUCAGGAAAAUUGUGUGUAUGAGACUGUGGUACCUCCGCUGGAUGAGAGGGACUUUGAGAAGACGCUUACACCCAUAGUACAAGAGUACUUUGAACAUGGAGACACAAAUGAAGUAAUUGAGCUGCUGGCUGACCUGAACCUUGGGCCCAUGCGCAGUGAGGUGCCCCCCUUGGCUGUGGCACUAGCCCUAGAGUCUAAAGCCAGUCACCGAGAGCUAGCGUCCCGUCUGCUGGCCGACCUGUGUGGGCCAGUGCUCACUCACAGCGACAUGGAGUGCUCCUUUGAUAGACUGCUGCAGGAGCUCCCCGAUCUGGUCCUGGACACACCCGGAGCACCUCAGUUGGUGGGCCAAUUCAUUGCACGUGCUGUCCAUGACAAAAUUCUGUCGAGGAGCUACAUUGAUGGCUACAAAGGCAAAGUUGACUGUGAAUACACAAGGGCAGCUUUGGACAGAGCUGCUGUGCUUCUCAAGAUGAGUAAAGGGGGUCUCCGACUCGACAGUCAGUGGGGUACCGGUGGGGGACAGAGACCAGUUGUGCAGCUCAUUCGAGAGAUGAACCUUCUUCUUAAAGAGUUCAUUCUUUCUGGGGACAUAAAAGAGGCUGAGAGAUGUCUGCGAGAACUGGAGGUUCCACAUUUUCAUCACGAGUUUGUUUAUGAGGCCAUUGUAAUGGUACUGGAAUCAAAAGGAGAGAGGACUUUGGAUAUGGUUCUUAAUCUGCUGAAGUCUCUCUGUGAAUCUACCAUUAUUACUGUGGACCAACUGAGAAGGGGCUAUGAAAGAGUGUACAUGGACAUAGCAGAAAUAAACAUAGAUGCUCCUCGUGCUUACUUCAUCCUGGAACAGUUUGUUGAUAAAAGCUUGAGUACUGGGAUUAUUAAUGUGAGACUAAGAGAUCUUUGUCCCUCUCGAGGCAGAAAGAGGUUUGUCAGCGAAGGAGACGGUGGAAUUAUUAAACUUGAAAGCUGCUAAAGUGUCAUUUAUUGUGCCAAGAAGAUGAAGCUACUUUUCUACAUCAUGCAUAUUUUUGAAAUGGUUGGGCACACAUUUUCUCCCUCUAGUAAAAGAAUGCAUUACCAAAUGAAGGUGUGGUAUGAAGAAAAAAAAGCACUUUGAUUGAAAAAAAUUGAUAACCUGCUGUUUAAUGCAAACAUUUACAUAAGCUAGCCCUUAAAGUGCCACUCCUCUCAGUGUCAGUCAUUCCAUGUUGUUAAUUCCGUACACAGUAUUUUCUUGGUUUCACUGCCACCUUUGGUUUUCUAGUAAGCAGUGUUUGUACAGUCAUGACAAGUUUGUGACAAGAGCUUUAUAAUAAAGGGUUAUAACAUAAGAA